GAGGGUUUCUCUGCCUGGUGUGGCAUUCACAUCCUAACGCUCAUGUUGUAACAUCCAGCAUCGCUUGGAUUCCCCUGCACACUGGCCUGAUUCCAGGGAUUUAAAGUACACAGGACAGCCUGAGAGACAGAGACCCAGAGUGCAUGUGUGCCUGAGAGACGUACGUGUGUUUAGAAGUAGAAGAGCGCAACAGUCCAGGAAGAGAAGACACGGAGAAGCAGGUGAGAGAGACAAGAGGAGACUCAAGAAGAACUCAAAGUGAAGACAGGUUGAUCAGCUGAUUGUACACGAAAAUCCACCGACAUGGCAGCCAUGGAUGCACUGGAGUUCUCAAGUGCCCUGCACGAUCCUCAGACCCUCACAGAGGUCUCAGACGAUGAGGUCAACCUCCCCCCCUCCGACGACGAAGACGAUGCCCUGGCGGCAGCCAAGAAAGAGCUGUCCACCAUGGGCACUGAGGGGGACGCAGCUGAAGAGAACGAGGAUGCUUCCAAAGGGGACCAACAGGUGAACGGGGUCAUGGUGCUGUCUUUGCUUGACAAGAUCAUUGGGGCAGUGGACAAGAUCCAGCAGACCCAAAGCGGGCUGGAGGCCAGGCAGCAGGACAUGGAGCGGUCUGUGACUAGCAUCCAGGGUGAGCUGACCAAACUCUCCAAGAGCCACAGCACCACGUCCAACAGCGUCAACAAGAUGAUGGAGAAGGUGCGAAAGGUCAGCGUCAACGUGAAGACGGUGCGGGCCACGCUGGAGAAGCAAGGAGGCCAGAUCAAGAAGCUGGAGAACAACGAGGCUGAGCUGCUCAAGAGACGCAACUUUAAAGUCAUGAUCUACCAGGAUGAAGUGAAGGUUCCUUCCAAACUCAACGUCUCUAAAUCAAUGAAGGUUUCCGAGUCAGUGUCGGGAAGCAGAGGAGGCAGCCUGCUGGAGCUCAAAGAAGCUGAUGAAGAGCCUGGAGAGGAGGGAGAGGGAGAGAAGGAAGACAAACCCCAUGUAGACCUCUCUUCAGAUGAGGAGGGAGUGGAGGUCGAGGAAAUCCUUAAGGAGACUCGUGCUGAGAGAAUCAAACGCAGCAGCCUGCAGCGUGUACAGACCCUGAAGACAGUUUUCUCAAAGGAGAAGAUGGAUAAGACCACAGCCAAGACCAAACAGAACCUGGAGAAGACCAAACAAAAAGCCAAGGAGAACCUGGAGCAGACGAGGCAGAAGACAAAAGACAAUCUGGAAAAGACCAGGCAGAAAACCAAGGAUAAUAUCGAGAAGACCAAACAAAAGACCAAGGAGAACCUGGAGAAGACCCGUCACAACAUCGAGAAGAAGAUGGGAAAGCUGGGAACCCGCAUGAGUAUGAACCCUGACCGCAAGCAGAAGAUGCAGACGUCCCGUGAGAAGGUGAAGAAGGCCUUUACACCUGACCACACAGUUUACGCACGGUCCCAGACUGCCGUGUACAAGGUGCCCCCCUUCACCUUCCACGUCAAGAAGAUCCGCGAGGGCGAAGCCGAGGUGGUCCAAGGCACCGAGAUGGUGGAAGUGUCCCCGGAGGAGCACUUCUGUGGGGUGGAAGGAGAGGUCGAGGAGGGAGGAGAGGAGGUGGAGAUGGAGAUGAUGAAUGGAGGAGGGGAUGAUGAAGAGGCUGAGGAGGAUGAAGAGGAGGACAGCCAAGAUGUCCUGCAUGAGCAUGAAGACAGAGAUAGAGACAGCGACUAGAUAAAGAAGAAGAGAUCCCGAAAAGAACCCUUUGCACCAACCCUGAGGCUCUUUUAAAGAAUCAUUCGGUCUUUUUUUAGAUUUUGACUGUCAUUCCUUUGAACGAUAAUAAGUUAUGAUCAGAAGGAAAGUGUGUGCUGAGAUCUGGGAACAUGGCGUCAUUGCUUCAAAUCAAUAAGUCAGACAUGUGGUUAACAAACUCAAAGUUUAUCCAGACUACUCUAACUAAUCUAGCGCAGAUUAACCCUCCAGAUAUCACCUGCCCUGCAAAAUCCAGCAUGCAUACCGCUCCAGACUUGCUGAUGGCCACAGAGAAAAGAAUCUAGAGUACAUUUUAGACUCACAACCAUCAGGUGAACCCAAAAACCACUUUAAAUGAAAGCCAUGUCUUGAGCUGGUUAUGCCUAACACAAAGAAGACAUGCUAAAGUGCAAAGAUAAUGACGAUUAGAGUUUUAGUUUAGAAAAUCAGUGCACAUGCAAAGAGGGAAGAGAAUCUGGAAGCCAAUCAUUGCCAAACAUUGUUUGCCGACGCUCGCUGGGAUUGCAUCCCAGCUUUUCAGUGUUUCUGGUGUUCCUGACAUCCAAAAUCUGUUUCCCCCAGUGUUUGAAGAAGGUCUCAGUCCAGCAGUCGUUAGAUCGAUGCAGUGGCUUCACUCAAACCUACAAUUUAUAGGCCUUAAGUUUGCCGAAAUAGAAACAUUACGAUGACGAUAUUCAAAAGGUAAAAAUGCAAACUUGGUCUGAAUCUGUAAAUAGAGAUUAGUGAGUCAGCAGCAACCCGGUGCCCAUUUGAUGGAGCCGGCUCUGACAGUCCACAUCCCCAGAUCUCAGCAGAUGACUACGUUAUCAUUAGGAAUGAUGGUCAAAAAUACAAACAGACCUGCGUGGGAUAAAAUCUUAGCAACUUAAGGUUGUACUUUAAAUAUAUGUAAGGGCUCAAUAAAAAUCGUAUUGUAUUUGUUAGAGCACCCAAAGGGUUGUUUAGAAUCUUUCUGUUUGGGAUUAGUUGAUGGUCGUGAAAAUUAAAAGAAGAAGGAGAUGUGGAAGCAGAAACUUUAUCUUGGGGGGAAGUGAGGGAGGGUUGGGAUGAUUCAGAGAGGUCAUUAGGAGACCGUUAAAAUAAACUUUUUUGCAUUUCCAUUCUCAAAUCAAAGUGCUAACCACUCACGACCAGUGGCAUGAGAACACGGAAAUGACUCCUCAUCCUGCCCGCUGAAUUUGAGUAUUUGUUGACAUAAAGAAAAUUUUUUUUUGGAAGGGGGGGAUGCAGAUUCUCCAGUUUUUUAAAACACAUUGAGCACAUCUUCAUGCUUCAUUCAUAAAUUCCUUGUGUUUUGUUAAUAUUUUACAACUCACAGACACAAAUGUAUUCCUUCCAGCUCAUUCAUUCUCCAGCUGUUUAAACAAGUGUUAUCUUACUCUGCUUUACUCUCUAUUUAGAAGCACAUUGACUCUGUUUAAUGUCACGUUUCGGAGCCCACAGUUGAAUAUUUGUGUAUAAUUUGUCAUCUCCUUUUCAUCAGACAGGUUGUUGCCUGACAGCUGUCCUCUUAGCUCAUCUUGUUUCAAGUUUUUCUAGCAUUUUACUGCCAGUUUUCUCCAAGACUACACAGUGCCCAUGAAAAUGAAGGUCUGCAAAACACAGAGCCCAGAUAGCUCUCUCAUAGGUCCCUUACAUUUCACCCUCUCAUCCUCUUUACACGUGUUAUGUGCUAUUUAAACAUGUUUUUCAUUUAAACUGAGAUAAGGACCAAUUCUUUCAGCAACUACACAAACAUACUUUGAUAGAACCAGCCAGGACUCUUAUCAUCAGUGUGUAUUUGGGGUCCAGUGAAUGUGCAGAAGUUUCCAAACGAGUGUAAGUUAAUGCUGCGGUGUGACACUGCCCCCUAGUGUCCAAUCAUCUCACCAUGAUCUUCUCUGCUCCAGGUUAAAGGUGCAUUUUACCUGAUCUGUAACUGUUCUCUUUCAAUUGAUGAUUGCGUUCCAAAGUCCACAUUAAAGUCAGAUUUUUUUAACAAGAUGUAUAAAUAUGUUUUAUAUAUUCACCACGUUUGGUGGUUUAUUGAGAGUGCCUUGCAAGAUUUAAUCCAAGAACUAAUGAUCGACACUCUUGAAUGUUCUGCUCUGACUGCAGUUUUAUAGCACAUUCAAAGUAAAUUUGCGUUCCUCUAUGCAUAUUCUGAACAAAGUCUGGUUAGGGUAGCGGGGCCUUGAAGCAGGAGUUCCUCCUGAACCGAUCAAAGAGCAGAGGAGGAGGUAGACUCAAGAUAAGUUUGUGAAAUAAAACAUGAGAUUCUUCAGUUACCAAAGACCACAGCAUCGCCAUUUUAACUGUCAUAGUUUGGUGACCGUCUGAAAUACGUGACAGUUUUUACUUGUUUUUUUCUCUUUAUGUAUAUAAUGUGAAUCACUGCCUCUGCAGAUCAUCAGCAUUAUGAUUUGAUUUAGCAGAGAGCCUCUUGCCUUCUACUGCCUGCCCCUCUUCUCCUUCAUUUAGAACAGCUUCUUAUUUUGAUGUUUGCACAUGUCACUGUGCAGCAUGUGCUACCCACACUCUUUUAUAUGUAAACAAUGAUCAAAUAAUGUAGCUUUUUGAUGCACAAUUCAGAGAGAUCAUUCUUUUAGCGUUUCAAUGCUCAGCCAUUCAAAGAAGAUUAACAAUGUGUGUCAGAGCAGUAACAACAUGCAGCUGUGCUGAGGCCUGGAACAGCGAAGCACAAAAUGUAGUUCACACUUAACUGUUUCCUUGCUCUUGUUUUGUUGGUAACUGAUUCCUGUAUAAUGUUUCAUUACUUAACCACUAAUGAUCUAAUGAAUAAAAGCUAUUUGGUUCACAA